AUUUAAUUUUUAACCUACAAAAGCGUCGAUGGAAAAAAAUGUUAUUGAACGAAUCACAUGAUUGACGGUGAGAUGUACUUAGCGAAACCUAUUUUUUUCUUGAACGUACUUAAUUCGUUAUUCGCUGGUUGUCUAUUCGACUGCGGGUGCGACUUGAAUCGAGGGGGGCGGUGCAAUGUUUUGACCAACGAAAUCCGGGCCUCGCAAAAAUAUUCGGCAGAGUUGAACGCGAAACAGGCGUUCGACACCGCCAACAUGGUACUGAUCGAAAAAGGGACGUUCGAAAUGGGCACCCACAAGCCCGUCUUCGUCGACGAUUUCGAGGGGCCGGUGCGAAAUGUUUCAGUAGAAAGUUUCUUCCUGGAUAAGUACGAAGUGUCGAACCAAAACUUUUACGAUUUCGUAAAAGCGACUGGCUACGAAACGGAGGCCGAGAUGUUCGGCGACAGUUUCAUCUUGGAGAUGUCGUUGCCCGAGGAAAGCAGAUCGGGGUAUCAGGAUGUCAGAGCGGCGCAGGCCCCGUGGUGGAUUAAAAUGAAAGACGUCAGCUGGAAGCAUCCGGAAGGACCCAGAACGACCAUUGAAGACAGGAUGAAUCAUCCGGUGGUGCACGUUUCUUGGAACGACGCGGUUUCCUUCUGCAAAUAUUUGGGCAAACGGUUACCGACUGAGGCCGAAUGGGAAAUGGCUUGCCGGGGCGGUCUGCGCCAAAAACUGUACCCUUGGGGUAACAAACUCAAUCCUAAGGGCAAACAUUGGGCCAAUAUUUGGCAGGGAGAGUUUCCCCAUGAAAACACUGGAGAGGACGGGUAUAAGUUUACUUGUCCCGUUGACGAGUUUUCGCCCAAUAAUUUCGGCCUUUACAAUAUGGCAGGUAACGUGUGGGAGUGGACGCAAGACGACUGGCAGGCCGAUCCGAGUUCCAAAGUGAAAAAAGGGGGGUCGUUUAUGUGCCACCAGGCGUUCUGUUGGAGGUACCGCUGCGCCGCCAGGUCUUUCAACACGAAAGACAGUUCGUCCGCGAAUUUGGGGUUCCGAUGCGCUGGUAACGCGGCCCAGUAAAAAAUAAUUCACGUUUUUAAGCACCAGUCAAAUAUAUUCUGUUUAUUCUUCAUUUUACACCACGUUGGGUAACUUCACCGGGGCCGCCCGCCAAUUGCUGUCAGAAUCUUAAAUAGUUCCGGUUAUUAUUUUUGUGUGGUCUAUGACUGGAAACAUCCGUUACCAACUCAAAACUUGCACUUACCCGUUGUUAUUGUUAAUAAGUACUUAAAAAUCAAAUGAAAAUCCUGCCAAACGUCUUCCACGAAAUUUUCGGACAAUAACUAAUGUUGCGUACUAUUAAAUUGUAUAAAUUUGUUCAAUAAAAUCUGGUU